AUGCACAAGGAGCAAGGACCUAUAACAGAGCCUAUAAUCUCUACACAUCACCAGACCAUCACCAGAGAUAUACUCACAAACAACACCAAAAUAAUGGAGAGAUACAGCGACAACAGAAGAUUGGACAUACACGCGUCUGUACUACACCCCGCCCGUCCGCCCGCGCUCAGGCUUGGACGCCCGCCCGCCCGUGCUCAGGCCUGGACGCCCGCCCGCCCGCGCUCAGGCCUGGACGCCCGCCCGCACGCCCGCCCUCGCUCUGGCCUGGACGCCCGCGCUCAGGCCUGGACGCCCGCGCUCAGGCCUGGACGCCCGCGCUCAGGCCUGAACGCCCGCCCACGCCUGGACGCCCGCCCACGCUCAGGCCUGGACGCCCGCCCGCCCGCCCGCGCUCAGGCCUGGACGCCCGCCCGCGCUCAGGCCUGGACGGCUGCCCGCCCGCCCGCGCUCAGGCCUGGACGGCUGCCCGCCCACCCGCGCUCAGGCCUGGACGCCCGCCCACCCACCCGCUCGCCCGCGCUCAGGGCAGGACGCACGGCUGCUCACACUCAUACCCUGACGCAAUACACCCCGCCCACACCCAUACCCUGA